AUGGCAAAGCCGAAGACUGACUUCCCACCCGUAAGGGCCUGUCUCUUCGACAUGGACGGCCUCCUCAUCGACUCGGAGGACAAAUACACAAUCAGUACCAAUACCAUCCUGAACAAAUACGGAAGACCCAACAUCCCAUGGUCCUUGAAAGCCAAACUCCAAGGCCGGCCCGGCCCAGCCGCCGGCGACGUCCUACACGAAUGGGCCCAGCUCCCCAUCCCGCGCGCCCAGUACGCCUCGGAAGUGCACGCCCUCCAGCAAAGCCUCUUCCCAACCUGCGCCCCCCUACCCGGCGUCCCGGUCCUCCUCCGAAACCUGCACACGGCCACGACGACCACCCCCCCGCGGCGGCAGCUGCACCUAGCGCUAGCGACGAGCAGCCACCAGCACACGUUCGCGCUCAAGACGCGCCACCUCGAGCAGGACCUCAUGCACGUCUUCCCAGCCGAGCGGCGCGUCCUAGGCGACGACGCGCGCAUCGCUCCCGGCCGGGGGAAGCCGAGUCCGGACAUCUACCUCCUGGCCCUGGCGGACGUCAACGCCACGCGGCCGGCCGGCGAGGAGGAGAUCCGGCCCGAGGAGUGUCUCGUGUUUGAGGACUCGGUGCCGGGCGUGGAGGCCGGCAGGAGGGCCGGCAUGCGCGUGGUGUGGUGUCCGCAUCCGGAGCUGUACCGCGAGUUCCAGGGGAGGGAGGGGGAGGUGCUGGCGGGUCAGACGGGCCAGGCGGGGGAGGUGGAUAUGCAUCUUGUGGGCGAGGUGGGAGAUGGCUGGGCUGACUAUUUGCCUAGUUUGGAGGCCUUUCCGUAUGAGAGGUAUGGGAUUGUGGUGAAGUGA